GACGAGGCGCUGCGGGUUGGACACCUAACGCCGGCGAGCCUCGGCGCGACUGCAGGAGACCAGCGCGCUCCGACCCCCGCCCCCGGAUUUAAACACUCAGGGGGUGUGCGGGGCUGACUGGGGGACGCCAGUCAGGAGCGGCUGGGAGCUGCCGCCGGCAUCCCGGGGAGAGCGAGCGAGCGAGCGCUUUGUCCUGCGGAGCAGGUUUCCUCCUCCACUGAUGCGAACCCUCAGGUUUCAUUAAGCUGGUCUCAGCUGAGAUGCCAGAUAAAACACCAGGGGGUUCAGAAACCAUCCCCAGGAAUGAAGAUGACUACCAUUUGCCUCUUGAUGUCUUACCGGCUGUGACGGAUGGUCCUGGCCCCAGGACAACAAAGGAAGACUUGUGCAGGGGGAACAGACCUUUCCGCUACUGUGGAAUAAAUACCAUGGAACUGUCAGACAGCGACCGUCCUGUCAGCUUUAGUUCCACAUCCUCCUCUGCCUCCUCCAGGGAUAGCCACGGUUCCUUUGGUAGUAGAAUGACCUUAGUUUCAAACAGCCAUUUGGGUUUGUUUAACCAGGAUAAGGAAGCAGGGGCCAUAAAACUAGAGCUGAUUCCAGCCAGGCGAUUUUGCAGCAACGAGCUACAAAGAUGUAACCCCACAGAGCAACAGAAUACCAAGGAAAGCCUUGAAAAAAGGCCAAAUAUGCCACGGAAAGCUGAAUCUAAGGGAAUGAACAAAAACUGUGCUAUGUCCUUGGUCACAGAGCCCACAAGUCCAAAGCUCCUAUACGUUGACAGAGUUGUCCAAGAAAUUCUGGAGACCGAGAGGACGUACGUGCAGGAUUUAAAGAGCAUUGUAAAGGACUACCUUGAUUGUAUCACUGACCAAUCCAAGCUCUCACUGGGGACAGAAGAACAAUCAGCCCUGUUUGGAAACAUACAAGAUAUCUACCAUUUCAACAGUGAACUUUUGCAAGAUUUGGAAAACUGUGAAAAUGACCCUGUGGCUAUUGCAGAAUGUUUUGUUUCAAAGAGUGAAGAUUUUCACAUAUAUACACAGUACUGCACCAAUUAUCCAAGAUCAGUGGCUGUGCUAACAGAAUGCAUGAGGAACAAGACACUGGCCAAGUUCUUCAGAGAACGGCAAGAAGCUUUACAACACUCUCUCCCCUUGGGAUCAUAUCUCUUAAAACCUGUCCAACGAAUCUUAAAGUACCACCUGCUUUUGCAUGAAAUAGAAAACCACCUUGACAAGGACACUGAGGGUUAUGAUGUAGUGCUGGAUGCCAUAGAUACAAUGCAGAGAGUGGCAUGGCAUAUUAAUGACAUGAAGAGGAAACAUGAACAUGCUAUCAGGCUGCAGGAGAUACAAAGUUUACUCACUAACUGGAAAGGGCCAGAUCUCACUAGCUAUGGGGAGCUGGUUUUAGAAGGAACAUUCCGCAUUCAACGAGCCAAAAAUGAGCGCACUUUGUUCCUCUUUGACAAAUUGCUGCUUAUUACCAAGAAGAGAGAAGAAAUGUUUACAUACAAAGCUCAUAUAUUGUGUGGCAAUCUCAUGCUUGUUGAGGUAAUACCAAAGGAACCACUUAGCUUUAGUGUCUUCCACUACAAAAACCCCAAGAUGCAGCACACCGUGCAGGCUAAAUCACAGCAAGAUAAACGCCUCUGGAUUCUUCACUUGAAGAGAUUAAUUCUAGAAAAUCACCCUGCUAAAAUUCCUGCUAAGGCCAAGCAGGCAAUUCUAGAAAUGGAUGCCAUACAUCAUCCAGGAUUCCACUAUACUCCGGAGGGAGAAAUGAAAGCAUCAUAUAAUUCUAAAGAAGGUCUUACCCCACGGAGGGUGAGAAGGAAGUCAGAACCUUCAUCUAGAGUCCAUAAAGUUAUGAAGCCAAGCGAAAUAAGUCCAGAGAUGCACAAGCGGAGCAGUAUUGAAGGAGCCCUGCUUUCUCAGGCUGCCAAACAGGGAUCAAGUGAAGCCCUGCUCAGUUCUAGGAAAAAAGGUUCAUUGAAUCUAAGUGGGCUUGUGAAUGAAUUUCAAGGGUCCAUUGAACCAGCCUACAGCAGUGAUCAAGAUGAAAAUCUCCACCCAUGUGCUACAGAACAGAUAGAUGCUGAUGAUGAGGAAGAGUGUGAACAGGGCACACAACAAAAUUCACAGCAAAAACCAAAAGGAGGUAGAAAAAGACUUAAUAGCCAAGCUGCUGAAAAUGUUGAAAAACGAAGAAGUGUUAAUCUCAACAAAUGUGAAAUGCAGAGCUCCAAAGAUCCUUCAGAUGAAGAAUCUACCCAGGUGAAUACAGACCUUUCCUUUUCCUGUUCUGCUAGGCAGCCAUCUAGACAGUUUAGCACACCGCAGAACAACUCACUAAUCAUGGAUAUCCUGGGGGGAACUACCACUGUGAGAAACAUCUGGACUGACCAUCAGAUCAGACAAGCCUUGUUUCCCAGUAGACGGCCACCUCAGGAGAAUGAAGACGAUGAAGAUGAUUAUCAGAUGUUUGUACCAUCGGUAUCUACGUCCAAUUCAAGUUCAAUUGUGUGUGAAGAGAGGGGCGCUUCAGGUCGUCCAUGCAGUUGGCAUGUGGGAUUAAUUAAUCAAAAUGACAUCUCCGGCUCCAGUCAUCAUAGGAUUGUUAGACGGGCCAGUAGUGCUGGUGAAAGUAACUCUUGCCCAAAUAAUGCAAGACAUAGAGGCAAUGACUUUGUCCAGUACAGUUCCCGAAGGGAAGUGAAAAGUAGUUCUACAACUGAUGUGGGCAAUAUCAAUCCUUACCCAGAAUCUUCAGAAGAGUUGACCAUUGAUGAUAUAGAGCAUGUCUAUGAUAAUAUAAGUUAUGAAGAUUUAAAACUGAUGGGUCUGACUAGAAGGGAAGAGUCUGGUCAUGGUCCCCAAAGAUCUGCUAGGGACUCUCUCUACAAAAGCCCAAACAAAAGCAGGUUGGUGGAAGCAGCCUCUGAAAAAAGGCAGGCAAAUCAAAAUAGGACCUCCAUUCUUGCUAGUAAAGAUGAAAUCCUAGUCAGAAGAGAGGCACCAACUUUAAGUUCACAUGAGCUCAGGAUUGUUGAGGAGAACAUCUAUGACACAAUAGUGCUUCCAGAACCACCACUAUUGAAUUUCAAAUGCAACCGUCUUAAAUGCUCUAAAAGGAGGAGUUUUUUGGGCCUGGAAACAGACUUUGCAUGUUGUGAUAAUCUAAGGCAGUUUGUUUCUGAAGAGAGUCUCCAGUUCAGUGAAGAUGAAAGUCCAUACCAUCAUGUUCCUUUAGAUAAUGACUAUUUGAGCUUACUAGAUAGUUCCUCCAACUCUGAUUCACUCUCCCACAAGUCUGCAGCCGAUAAACUAUCUGAAGAAGUAGAUGAGAUCUGGAAUGACCUGGAGAAUUACAUCAAGAAGAAUGAAGAAAAGACAAGAGACCACGUCCUGGCAGCCUUUCCUGUUUGUAAAGAUGAUAUGCAGGAAAGACUCCAUGUUGGAAGUACUCCUGAACUGAGUAAAGAUGUGGAAUAUUCACUUUCCACACACUCAUUGCCAGAAACGCCUGUUUUCCCUAAAACUUUGAAACACAGGGUAGCCAGAUUAAGUGAGGCCAGUCUCAGAUUUGAUGAAGCAACAUCAUCAAAAGAUAAUUCAUUUCUGAGUCUUAACAGAUCUUCCUUCUCCAGUGAGUUGCCUUUUAUAGACAGCCCUUAUGAAUCUGCCAAUAGUGUUCUAUCCAAUGCACAUACAGAGAGCACUGACAAUGAAAUGGAUAUUGUGGAUAAAACAAAAAACAGAGUCUUUAUGAUGGCAAGGCAAUACAGUCAAAAAAUUAAGAAGGCCAAUCAGCUUUUGAAGGUAAAAAGUCCAGAGCAGGAACAGCCAUCCAGCCAGCAACAGAAACUGAGGCACAAAGAUCUUGCGGCAAUUUUGGAGGAGAAGAAACAAGGUGGUCCUGCCAUUGGUGCCAGAAUUGCUGAAUAUUCCCAGCUUUAUGACCAGAUUGUUUUUAGAGAGACUUCACCCAAAAUGCAAAAGGAUACAUGGGCCACUCUUCAGAAACCAUCAGCUUUAAGGUAUUCAUCCCCAGUGUCAAUAUCUCCUUCUCAUUCUCAGUUAGCUAGUGAACGCUUAAGGGCAGAGGACUGGCUUUUGCAUUCUACAUACAGUAAUGGAGAACUAGCUGAUUUCUCUCCCUGGCCCGAAGUCCACGAUCUGAAGUCAAAGAGCUCCUCUGUAGAGAGCGGUACAAAAAGCAAUUCAAAACAAUUGCCAUCAGCUUGCUCAGUGCCUUCUCUUCAGAUUUCUACACAUCUGCAUGUCCCAGCACAAAGGUGGAGUGCUAUUAUUAGUCAGCCUAACAAAGAGAAUUUACACCAAGAUCACAUUUAUAACUCACUAGGAAAGAAAGCAAAUCAUACAAAAUCACAAGCGUACAGCAGGUCACAGUCCUCUUCCUCAAUUGUGGUCAACCGGUCUGAGGAAUCAAUAACUUACCUAAAUGAAAUGGACAAGAAACAGCUGUACUCAAAUAGAAACUUUAGAUCUGACAGCCAGGAGUCUGUGCCAAAUGCUGCUUCAGGAUUCACAGUAUGUGAUGUGAUGAAGCAGUUCCCUGAAAACUGUUCAGAGAUGAUUCUUCAAGACUCUCAAAAAGUUCUGAGAGUGAACAAGAACUUGCCACUAAAUGCACAAAUAGCUACGCAGAACUAUUUUUCCAAUUUCAAAGAUACUGCAGAAGGAGAAGAGGAUGAUGACGACUAUGUUGAAAUAAAGUCUGAAGAUGAGGGGUCUGACUUAGAGACUUUCCAGAACCAAACAAAGAAAUCAGACCCAAAGAUAAACAAUGUAGACUCUGCUUCUUCUGAGACUCUCUGUAGCAAAAGCAUGUCUUGUACUCCUGCAAAACCAGUGAAUAGCAAACUUGCCCUUACCCCGUACCUGACUGCAUACAAUGAUUCAGAUAAACUGAAUGACUACCUGUGGAGUGUUCCAUCUCCUAAUCAGCAGAAUAUUGUCCAGUCUUUAAGGGAGAAGUUUCAGUGUCUUAGCUCAAGUAGUUUUGCUUGACACUUUCAAUAAUUUCUAAUUGUACUGCCUUAACAUGUCAGAGUAUACAUUUAGUACAACCAAUACUGGCAUCCUGUAUUUUAAUAAUGAGUAGACAUCAAGCACUGUAUCACAGUAAUAUUAGGAAAUGUAGAUGUGCAAUGUACUUUUUUUACAGUACAGAAAGUUAAAGUGGCCAGGUGUGCACCGUCUGGGAUUAAGAUCUACUUGUAUCUUUAUAAUGCAGACUGAUUUCUCCUAAUCUGUCUCAUUUAACUUUGCAUAUAUUUUACAUCUCCCUUCUUUCUCUUGUCUCUCCAUGUGGAAAUCUUAGUAUUCACUGUUGGAAGGUAGCCAGUGCUGAGUCCAAAAAUGCAUGUACAAUUACUGUAAUUGCACAUGUGAGUGCUCAGUUGAGCAUCUAGCCAUCUGACUAUGCAAAUACCAGAUUUCUGAGCACACUUGGGGGAAUUGCACCAACAAACUCGGUGUGCAAUUGCACAUACAUUUUUGCACAUGAUCUUUUGAAAAUCAGGCUCCAGGUCUGUGGGACCAAUGCAUAAAACACAAUAUAUACAACUACUAUAGAAAAUAGAAUUAUUACAUUUUAAAUAAAUUUGCUUGUGAAUGGUACCAGAUUGAUAACUCUGGUGUCUAAAGACAUUAUCCUUACUAUCGCUCCAUAACAGCUAAAGAACAGGCAACGGCAUCUUCCCCUGUACCAGCCUGGCAUAGUGCCUCAGUCCUGUUCUGGAGAUUAUUAGCUUUAGGAAAUGAGAGGGUAAUUCAGUUUCUGGGCCAAUUCAAUGUUUGGGCUUGUGGAGACUGCAAAUGCCUAUUGUGAUUGUGGUGUUUAUAACAUGGACACCUUUCUAUUAAGAACAAGACCAUCAGUAGCAGAUAAAUGUAAGUUGUAGGUGAAAGCUCUUGGCUUUUCUAGUAUUUGUAAGAUGGCGGGUUCCUUUGGCUACAUUUAUAGGUCUUGUCAUUCAAUACCAAAUGCUCACGAUGGGGCUUCUUGCAAUCUGAUCCUCUCUUCGUUCUGAACAUACUGUAGUUCUCAAAAUGUCCAUUGUCAACCUAAUUUAAUGUAAAAGAUAAAAAGGGUCGUGCUAUCUACAUUAGAAAUGAGGUAUCAUCUUCAUACACUUUGAUUAUUACCAAUAGUGUGUGGCUGCUAAGAAGACUUUUUUUAAAGACCCUCUAAAAUAGUGUAUUUUUCUUUGUAUGAGUAGUAACAUUUCUGUCUUGAAUAUCAGAAAAGUUAAAGGAAGCAAAAUAUAAUAGCAAAUGUGUUUAUAUCAAAAGUCGUUAGCUCAUAUCAUCUUAAGGCAAGAAAUACCUUAAGGUUGAGUUGACAUUGACUUUGAGGGCCUAAUUCAACUCUCAUUAAAGUCAUAAUCCUCAAUUUUUGACAACAUUACUUUUUGGUUAGCAGCCAUCUGUGAACAAACAGGGGAAUAAGUCAUGUAAGACCAAAGUUCCUGUUACAUACAUAUAAGUAAAAGGAGUUGGAAGAAAAAUUGAGAGGGCAUGAUGCAUUGGCAAUUAUUUUCCUAAAGAGAAAGUCUUUCAAACUUUUCACUAAAGUAUCAAUUUCUCUGUCAGGGAAGAAUAUGUAGAAAGAUCUCUUUCUCUCUCACUUUCUCUCUCUUUUAAAUCGGUAAGAGAGACCUGACUUAAAAAUAUUCUCCGAUACCCUUUGUUGGUCCAGGUUUUCACUACCUUUAGAAAUAAAAUGACCUAUACAGUGAUGUUCAUUUGUCAUACAGACCAAAAUGGAAUAUCUGGGAUUAAAUAGGGGAUGAGGAUGGCAUCUUUACCUCUUUUAAACAUUGGGAAUUAUGUUUAUUCUAAUUCCAAAAUGGUGUGUUGUGUGAUUUUCCGAAAUCUCAUUAUUCAUUCCUAGCUUUUCUUCCAUGCCAGCAGGACAGAUAAUGAAUGUCAUCUUGUACAAUUUCAGAGAACAGUCACUCCUCCCUUCACACAAAAUAGGUUUUUUCCUCUCUUAAUCUCCUCUCUUCUGUUCCUGGCAAGAUUUAUCCCAUUUCCCUCUCUUUCUGGUCACAUAAAUCAUGCAAUGCUUUUAUUUUUAAAGCGUCUAAAAAUGCUAAUGAACCAUUCCUGUUCAGUUGGCGUACCUGAAAACCCUGGAGAUGGCACUUUUUUAAAAGUAUUAAUCCUCACUAGCUGGAAAAGGAGACCAGUCUGACUUUAGCCAUUAGGAAUCAAAUUGAGCUUCCCAGAGAGGAAAAAAAUACCAGUGGAAGUACAAACAUUUAAAAAUCUGCCCACAAUUUUGAGGUGCUGCUGAUGGGAAAGCACAAACUACUUUUAUGUUACUUUAUCAGAUUCUCUUCAGGACCUAUGCAGGGGAAAGUUAGUGUAGACAUUAGCUCAGAGCCCCCAGCAAUGACAAGGCUGCUAUGGAGGUGUGGUAGUGUGCAAGACAUCUACAACCUCUAGAGUUGCCACCUCUGAGAUGCAGAAAAACUGGCCACUGCCCCCACCAGCUUGAUCCCCCACCUCUUCACCUUUCAGAUACCCUCCCUGCACCCCACCUGUGGCCUGCCCCCAUCCUGUCUGGCUGGGAAGGAAGGUGGCUCUGGGCCCUGGUCAAAUCCAUAUGCAGGUGGGGAGGGUGGCCCCACAAUAACAACCCCACUUGUCCCCUUUCUCCUAUCUAGAUGGAGGCUAGAGAGUCUGGUUGACCCAGAGCAUGCCAGGAAGAAGGGGAAGGGAGCUAAGUCCUCCAAGGCAGGCCCAGGUCUUAAAGGGAGAGGCCUAUGGGAAGUCUCUGCUGAGUAUUUCCUCCCCCCUUAUCCUCAGGGUGGGGGAGCAGCCCAUUAAAUCAUUUCACUGGCAAGGCUCGUUAAAAACCGGCCAGGUGGCAACCCUAACUCCCAUGUGCUGGGGCCUGCAGGAAAUUUGCUCAUCCCCAAAAUAGGUGAUGCUGGCAGAGUAAAGAGGCUUGACCAGGGCGACUGGGGGAUGUGUUAAUUAACACAUUCUUGCUGCAGGUCUGGCUUGUAGGGUGCUCCUUUAAUGCCUCUGACUGAACUUCAAGCUGCCCUUCCUGAUGGGGUGAAUCUCCUAUAUAAGAAGUGUGACCCUUGCUGGCGCACUUCCUGAAUGAGCAAGAGGUGAAUCUGCUCAUUGUGUUUAGAAACAAUGGUUCAAAAACAACACAGCUUUCUUUUCGAUUCAGAAUACAUUCCAUUCUUUUGCAAAUGAUUCAUAUUAUACUGGCUUCUGUUUAGCUCCCUUUAUUUUCUUUGUUGCACAGCUUUGGAUUCUAUUACUUGAAAACAUUGUACUUAAAAGAAAGCCUAAAUGUGUGUACUUUACAGCCAUGGAUAUAUCUUGUAAAUCUGUUUUUGUGGUGCUUUAAAUUUUUCAGAAGAAGUAGAUGAAGUGAUACAAAGUUAAAUGUAUUGUACUAAGCAUGGUCUUAUUAAUGUUCUGUUUCCACUAAUAAUGCAUUACUUGACUCAAUUACAAAGCACAGUAGUCCACCUAAUUAUUUCAGAAUUGUCAACUAUUACUGUAUAGGUUAUUCUGAGAUGCAUCUGAAGUUGCCAGGGUAUAUUCAAUGACUUCUGUUUUGCUGAGAUGCAGAUUUCAGGAGUUGCCUGUUGAUUAUGUUGAACUGUCUACUACACAAGUCUUUGCAUUGCUAAGGAAUGUGUACUUUGGAGGUUUAUUUGAUCAUUGUACCACAAGUCCCACUUUUGUUAUACACAGUCAUUUUUGUUAUAGUGGAUGUUCAAACAGUUUUGGAACCUGCAUUUAGUGAAACACAGUUGAGGAAUAAUGUUGUACAUAUUUAAGAUACUGAAAUUUAGUAAUGCAGAUAUUUAUUUAAUAUAGCUUGUAAAGUAAUGUAAAUAUGAAUAGAAAUUAACAUUUGUGUGUUAACUAUACCAUAUCUAGAUUUGUCUAAACUACUAGGAAUUCUGUUUAAACUUCAGAAGUUAAUGAAAUCUCAUGUAGUCAAUGGAACAAAACGGAGGGGAGUUAUAACAAUGUGUAACUGUUUCCAGGGAUCAAUUUCAUAUGAUUUUUAAUUUUGGGUACUUUAAAUUAUUUUAGUUUGCUAUUGGCAGAUAGGCAGCUGAAAUUGACUAAAGGCUAAGAACUGGAAACAUUUUUGUUGGUAAAACAAGAUUAACAGCUUUCAGCUCUUCCAUGAAUAAAUGAGAUCCGAAAAGAUAGAAAAAUAUUUCCUAGGCUCUACUGGUAGGAAGUUUGAGUUGUGUUGGCAGCUCCUGUUACAGUUUACAAAUAAAUAAAAUAAAAUGCCCAGUAACAGGAAUAAGGAAAGUCAAUAUCAACUGCAAAAUGUCAAUCCAUUAGGAUUAAGUGCAGUAUAAUUGUUUUUAUGGUGAUUUCCACCCAAAAAACAUGUUACAAAGACAUGGAAAUAAUGUCAAGAAAAAUCCAUAUUGAUUUAAUUCAAUACUUAUUUGAUAAAAGCAUGGAGUUGGAGAUACUGUACAUAUCUCUGCAGAAAAACAUUUUUCUGCAUAUUUUCUCAGACUGUAUUAGACUUCACUCCACCAGACUCAAUUAGCUUGGUGCGAGCUUUCUUUGAUGGGGGGGAGAAGAAGGGGCGAGGAAUUAAGAAGAACAAGUUGUCUCACAGCAAAGGUUAAAAAGUUCAUUUUCUGAACAGAACAAAGCUGAUGUGAGAUUGUCAGAAUGUGAAUUAUCUGCAGCCUCAGGGCAACAAAAAUGUGAAUGGAAUAAACAUAGCAACAAUUCUGUAAUACAGAUGGUAAAAAUUGAUGGUUUUGUAGCAUUUGUCUCCUUCUGUUGUUGCUGUCCCAUAGAUGGUUUCCUCCUCCCUUUGGCAAUAAACCCAUCUUUUUUUAAAGCAAA